AUGCUUCGUCUUACAACUCUCGCUGCCGUAUCGGCCAUCAUGGCCACUGGCGCCUCUGCCGCCGGUAUCAGAGCCGCGGCCAAGGGCCCAAUGACAUCCGAGACGAUUGGGCCGGCCGCUUUUAUGUGGCCGCCUGACAGAGUCUGGUCCGCCGACGCCGACAACACGGCUCCCUGUGGCUCGAUUGCCGGUGUUGGAAACCGCACCAGCUUUCCUCUCCAAAGCGGCAAGAUUGCCCUCGUCGCCCAGGAUGAGUCUUAUGACCUAGAGCUGGCCAUUUCAUAUCUCCCUGAACCAAAGACCAACAGCGACUUCCACAACCUAAUCAGCAUGGAAGCCUUCAAGGACAUCAAGCUCGGCCACACCUGCGUCACACUCCCCGACGCCGCCGCCUCGGUCCAAGCGGGCACCAACGCCACGCUGCAAAUCAAGUACAUUGCCGACUUUGACAAGCCCGAGAAUCAGACGUUUUACGCCUGCUCCGACAUUACCUACGUCGAGCUCUCCAACUUUAGAGAACCCAUCCCCUGCUUCAACGCCACCGAGCCCACCGAUUCCAGCAAGACGGGCAGCGGCAGCGGCGCAUCCUCGACUGCGAGCGCCUCGUCGUCGCCCAGCGCUGGCGGCAGCAAAAAGUCGGGUCUUUCUGGUGGCGCGAUUGCUGGCAUCGUCAUCGGCUCCGUUGCGGGCGUGGCGCUGAUUGCCGCUGCCGCCUUGUUCAUCUUUCGCCGCAAGCAGCAGCGUCUGCGUGUCCUCCGCCAGCAAAACUCGGAGCGCGGCAAGUGGGCGGCCAAUGAGCAGUCGCGUGACUCGCAGUCGCAGGGAAGCGUUCGAAUGAACAAUUUGUAG